AUGGUAAAUCUAAAUUCUCUGGGUUGCUUUGUUGUUCACAUAGCUUUCAUUACUUCCCUUAGUUUCACCACAUCCCAAAGUCACAUAAACGAAAUUGGCAAUGAUAUUACCAAUAAUGCCCUUUUCAUAUUUGGUGACUCUACUGUUGAUUCUGGCAACAACAACUUUAUAGAUACUAUUCCUGAGAACAAAGCAGAUUAUAAACCAUAUGGACAAAAUGGGGUUUUUCAUGAACCUACCGGUCGAUUCUCUGAUGGCCGUGUCAUUACAGAUUUUAUAGCUGAAUAUGCAAAGUUGCCUCUGCUUCCCCCAUUUUUAGAACCAUGUAUUGAUUAUAGUAAUGGUGUCAACUUUGCUUCUGGUGGAGCUGGUGUUCUUGCUGAAACCAAUCAGGGACUGGUGAUUGAUCUUCCAACACAAUUAAGGAAUUUUGAAGAAGUGAGGAAAUCACUAUCAGAAAAGCUUGGAGAGCAGAAAGCAAAUGAGUUUAUUUCAGAAGCAGUUUAUUUCAUUAGCAUUGGAAGCAAUGAUUACAUGAGUGGCUAUUUGGGUAACCCAAAAAUGCAAGAAAAAUACAAUCCUGAACAAUAUGUUGGGAUAGUGAUUGGAAACUUGACACAAGCAACUCAAACUCUAUAUGAGAAAGGUGCUAGAAAGUUUGGAUUUUUAAGUUUGUCUCCAUUGGGUUGCCUACCAGCCCUUAGAGCUGCAAAUCCUGAUGAAGCAACCAAAGGUGGUUGUUUUGGAGCAGCUUCUUCUCUUGCUCUAGCACAUAAUAAUGCUUUGAGUAAUGUUCUCAUAAGCCUCAACCAAGUCUUCAAAGGGUUCAUGUACUCUAAUUCUAACUUCUAUGAUUGGCUUCAAGAUAAAAUAAAAAACCCCACAAACUAUGGUUUUAAGGAUGGGAUUAAUGCAUGUUGUGGAACUGGACCAUAUGGAGGUAUCUACACAUGUGGGGGCACCAAGGAAAUUAAAGAGUACAACUUAUGUGACAAUGUUGAAGAAUUUCUAUGGUGGGAUUCUUUUCAUCCAACUGAGAAGAUUCAUGAGCAAUUUGCAAAGGCUUUAUGGAAUGGUCCAUCUUCUUUAGUUGGACCAUACAAUUUAGAAAGACUUUUCAACAAUGACAUCAAAUCCAUGACUAUAGCUGAUGUAGUAGAUGUCCCAGAAAUUGAUCAUGGAUAUUGA